CACUUCUUCGCCUGACUCUUUCGCAUCGGUUAAUCCGAAUCGUCUGCGACGCGAGGGCAAGGUGUGUAAACGCGCGGCUCCGCCUCCCCCUUUCGGUUCGCACCAGAGCUGGAAUUUCUGAGGGUCUUUCCCGCUCGGCUGGCAGCGGCUAAUGUAGCUCCCCCGCCCCGAAGAUAUUUCUGCCGGCCGAGGGGGGAGCCAGAAGACGCCUCUCCGCCAAGGAACCGCCGGAGGGGGCGGCUGGGGGGGGGUCCCCUCUCUUGUUCCCCCACCCCUGCACCCACCCCGGCCUGACUCCAGCUCCGUAGCUUCCUGGAGGGGGGCCCGGCCGCUCAAGUUGCCUCCCGGUGGCAGAGUCAUGCCGCCCCCCGCCCCCCGCCAGCCCAGGAGCCGCCGCUCCCGCCGGAUCGGGGCCCUGGGCCGCGUCUGAACGGCGAUUCUGCAAGUCGCCCCGGGCCGCCCCUGCGAUGUGAGUCCCGCGCCCGGGACCGGCGGCCGCCGAGCGAUGGAAGUUCACACCUGGCGGCUGCUGCUGCUGCCUUCGUUGCUGCUGCUCUGCUUCCUGCAGCGCACCUGCGCCAGUGCCAUGAAUGACAUUGGAGAUUAUAUCGGCUCAAACAUAGAAAUAUCUUGGUUGCCCAACUUGGAUGACUUGAUGAAAGGGUAUGCACGGAACUUCAGGCCUGGGAUUGGAGGUCCACCCGUUAACGUUGCUCUGGCUAUCGAGGUGGCCAGCAUCGACCACAUCUCCGAAGUCAACAUGGAAUACACGAUGACUGUCUUCUUGCAUCAAAGCUGGCGAGAUGACCGCCUGUCAUACAACCACACGAACGAAACCCUGGGCUUGGACAGCCGCUUUGUAGACAAGCUGUGGCUCCCCGAUACAUUCAUUGUCAAUGCCAAGUCCGCCUGGUUUCACGACGUCACUGUGGAGAACAAGCUCAUUCGGUUGCAGCCUGACGGGGUCAUUUUAUACAGCAUCAGGGUUACAUCGACUGUGGCCUGUGACAUGGACCUUACCAAAUAUCCCAUGGACGAACAAGAGUGCAUGCUGGAUUUGGAGAGCUAUGGCUACUCCUCAGAGGAUAUCGUCUACCACUGGUCGGAAAACCAGGACCAGAUCCAUGGGCUGGACAAGCUGCAGCUGGCUCAGUUCACAAUCACCAGUUACCGCUUCACUAGGGAAGUCAUGAACUUCAAAUCCGCAGGGCAAUUUCCCCGUCUGAGCCUUCACUUCCACCUGCGCCGCAAUCGGGGUGUUUACAUAAUCCAAUCCUAUGUGCCUUCCAUCCUGUUGGUUGCCAUGUCGUGGGUUUCUUUUUGGAUCAGCCAAUCAGCUGUGCCUGCCCGAGUCUCACUAGGAAUAACUACCGUCCUCACCAUGACGACGUUGAUGGUGAGUGCCCGCUCUUCUCUGCCACGGGCAUCGGCCAUCAAGGCCCUAGAUGUCUACUUCUGGAUUUGCUACGUGUUUGUCUUUGCUGCGUUGGUCGAAUAUGCAUUUGCCCACUUCAAUGCUGACUACAUGAAAAAGCAGAAAGACAAACUGAGGAGCAGCCGGCAAGCCGGAGAGGUCAACGUAAAGAACGCCAUUGUUAUGUUCUCCCUUUCGAUCGCUGGGGUCAACCAGGAACUUGCUGUUUCCAACAGGCACCAUAGAGUCCCCCCAAACCAGCCCGGUUCGGUGGAAGUAGAAACGGGAGAGACCAAGAAGGGACAGGAGGAGAAAUCAGAGAAGAAGAGCGGCCUGAAGUCUCUCUUUAAACCCAUUGAUGCUGACACCAUUGACAUCUAUGCCCGAGCGGUUUUCCCAGCAGCCUUUGCAGCUGUCAACGUCAUCUAUUGGGUUGCUUACACCAUGUGAAGGCCCAUAACAGAAGCCAGAUGUGUUCCAGAGAACUGAGGAGAUCCCAAGGAGGACUUGCUGUGGACCUCCCUGGAGGCCACCUCUUGCCGCUGCACGUUCCAAAGCCAGCAGGGGAUUUUCACGAAGACAAAAACCAUUGAAUUUUCUCUGCCUCCUCUCUGUCACUGACAUUGACUUCCUGGUAAAACCAAGCAGGUGACAAAAGAAUUGGUUUCUGCACAUUUGGUUGGUUAGUCGACGUUCUCCUCUUUGGCCUCUGAGGAAAAGCCAAACAUCCCUGUCUUCCCAAGUUGGGCGCAAAAUGAAUAAUCAUCCAAACAGUUACUUCCACCUGCCGAGACGUUGCAGCCUAAUUCCAUGCAAGAGUUGGACAUUUUGCCUUCUCAAUUGAUAGCUUGCAGUUUGAAGGAUGUCGCCUCCAACCCAGGAGCAAGGAGAAAUCAUGAGAAUAGGUGGAGCCAAAGAAGUCUUGGAUGCAGUGGGGCGGAGCCAGGCAAAUUGUGGGUGGGGCCAGGACAAACUUUUUUUUUGGCUGAAACUCAGAGCAGGCGUAGGAGCAAGGAAAGGAUAGAGACAUCUUUAUGGAUGGUGGACAGGACUUUGCCACUCAAGUUUUAUAGGUUUCUGAACCUCUGGUUCCCAUUAUGAAUUUUGCUGCUUGGGCUAGUACACUUUUGGAUAGCUGGCAGCCCAUCUCUUCACGGUUCUGAGAAUCUUCUCUAUUUUUGGCAGCUUGGGAGUUUUCUUUUCUCUUUACCACUCUUUUUUUGACCUCUCCAUACUGUGGCUAGCAGCUGUUCAGCUGUGGCCAGCCAUUUUCAACUGGGAGGGGAAGACAUAUAGGGAACAUGUCAGAUUAAAGUUUUCUAGUAAUGAAAUUCAGGCAACACUAAUAAUUUUUUUAAAUCAAUAAUUUGUCUUGGAUAAAACAUUUCGGGGAGGGAACCUUUUCAACGAGCUGCUUUCUGUCUCAGCAUGAAAUAAAAUCUAUGACACAAA